UGGCGCUUUUGGACACUGGCGUCGACGUCGACCUCGCUGACUGACUGACGGAGAGCGAGCGAGGCGUUACACGGCCGAGAGGAGAGAGGGAGAGAUAGCCGUUUCCCCCACCGUAGGAAGCCGAGCGCGUUGCGAGGGCGCCCGCAUCGUUUUGACGUUUGCCCGCUCUCAGCGCGGUGGAUGUGUUUGUCGCCGCCGCCACCGCCGCCGAGCCUCAGCUUGUAGGGCAGGUGCGAGACACCCGUUCCGAGAGGGGUGGGACUAUGUCGAGCGAGAAGCCGCUUUCGGCACCACCGGGCUCGGCUUGCUCGCAGGCGGCCGCUGAUUCCACCAUCUCCUCCUGCUCCUCACCACCACCACCACCGCUGCCUCUUCCGGGGGAGAGGAUGCCGUCGUCCGCCGCCGGCUCGGUGGUGCUGCCGGCCGGCGUCAUCAACCCGGCCGUCCCGAUCAGGAAUAUCCAAAUGAAAUUCGCCGUGCUGGUGGGCCUCAUCCAGGUCGGCGAGGUGAGCAAUCGGGACAUCGUGGAGACUGUUCUCAACCUGCUGGUGGGCGGCGAGUUCGACCUGGAGAUGAACUUCAUCAUCCAGGAGGCCGAGAGCAUCGGCUGCAUGGUGGAGCUACUCUCUCACUGUGAGGUGACGUGCCAGGCGGAGAUCUGGAGCAUGUUCACCGCCAUCCUUCGCAAGAGCGUGCGUAACCUGCAGACCAGCACGGAGGUUGGCCUCAUCCAGCAGGUGCUGCUCAAAAUGAGCACGGUGGACGACAUGAUCGCAGACCUGCUGGUGGACAUGUUGGGCGUCAUGGCCAGUUACAGCAUCACAGUCAAGGAGCUGAAGCUGCUCUUCAGCAUGCUGAGAGGCGACAACGGCAUCUGGCCCAGACACGCCAUCAAAUUGUUGUCGGUGUUGAAUCAGAUGCCUCAGCGUCACGGGCCCGACACUUUCUUCAAUUUCCCUGGACGCAGCGCGGCGGCCAUCGCCUUGCCGCCCAUCGCCAAAUGGCCGUACCAGAACGGCUUUACCAUCAAUACGUGGUUUCGUCAGGAUCCGCUCAAUAACAUCAAUGUGGACAAAGACAAGCCGUACCUUUACUGCUUUCGCACCAGUAAAGGGAUCGGCUACUCUGCUCACUUUGUGGGCAACUGUCUGAUCGUGACCUCGCUCAAGUCCAAAGGAAAAGGCUUCCAACACUGCGUCAAGUACGACUUCCAGCCGCGCAAGUGGUACAUGAUCAGCAUCGUUCACAUCUACAACCGCUGGAGGAACUCUGAGAUUCGCUGUUAUGUCAACGGGCAGCUGGUCUCCUACGGCGACAUGGCCUGGCACGUCAACACCAACGACAGCUAUGACAAAUGUUUUCUGGGCUCUUCGGAGACCGCCGAUGCCAAUCGGGUGUUCUGCGGUCAACUCGGCGCCAUCUACGUUUUCAGCGAGGCGCUCAACCCGGCUCAGAUAUUUGCUAUCCACCAGCUCGGUCCCGGAUACAAGAGCACGUUUAAGUUCAAGUCCGAGAGCGACAUCCACCUGGCCGAGCACCACAAGCAAGUUCUGUACGACGGCAAGCUGGCCAGCACGAUUUCCUUCACGUACAAUGCCAAAGCCACGGACGCUCAGCUGUGUUUAGAGUCAUCUCCGCGGGAGAACGCCUCCAUCUUUGUUCACUCGCCGCAUGCCCUCAUGCUGCAGGACGUGAAAGCCAUCGUGACGCACUCCAUUCACAGCGCCAUUCACUCCAUCGGUGGGAUCCAGGUCCUGUUCCCGUUGUUCGCCCAGCUGGACUACAAGCAACUAAAUGACGCUGCUGUGGACACCACCGUGUGUGCCACGCUGCUCGCCUUCUUGGUGGAGCUGCUCAAGAGCUCUGUCGCCAUGCAAGAGCAGAUGCUAGGAGGCAAAGGCUUCUUGGUGAUCGGAUAUCUACUAGAGAAGUCGUCAAGGGUCCACAUCACUCGGGCUGUUCUGGAGCAGUUCUUGUCCUUCGCCAAGUACUUAGACGGAUUACCCCACGGGGCGCCGCUCCUAAAGCAGCUGUGCGACCACGUGCUGUUCAAUGCAGCCAUCUGGAUACACACACCUGCCAAGGUUCAGCUAUCUCUGUACACGUACCUGUCGGCGGAGUUCAUCGGCACUGCGACUAUCUACUCUACUAUUCGCCGUGUAGGCACCGUGCUGCAACUCAUGCACACGCUGAAGUACUACUACUGGGCUGUCAAUCCACUGGAAUGUAGUGCCAUCACACCCAAAGGCCUUGAUGGACCUCGGCCAUCCCAAAAAGAGAUCAUCUCACUGCGGGCCUUCAUGCUCCUCUUCCUCAAGCAGCUAAUACUGAAGGACCGGGGUGUCAAGGAGGACGAGCUGCAGAGUAUUCUCAACUAUUUGUUGACCAUGCACGAGGACGAGAACAUCCAUGACGUGCUGCAGCUUCUGGUAGCGCUAAUGUCCGAGCACCCGGCCUCCAUGAUUCCCGCUUUUGACCAGAGGAACGGGAUAAGGGUGAUCUGCAAGCUGCUGGCCUCCAAGAGCGAAAGUAUCCGAGUACAGGCCCUCAAAGUACUCGGAUACUUUCUCAAGCAUCUCGGUCACAAGAGGAAGGUGGAGAUCAUGCACACUCACAGCCUUUUCACGCUUCUCGGCGAGCGUCUGAUGAUGCACACCAACACCGUGUCCGUCACCACCUACAAUACGCUCUACGAGAUCCUUACGGAGCAGGUGUGCACGCAGGUGGUCCACAAGCCACACCCAGAACCGGACUCUACCAUCAAGAUCCAGAAUCCCAUGAUCCUGAAAGUGGUCGCCACGCUACUGAAGAAUUCGUCUCCCAGCGCCGAGCUGAUGGAAGUCAGGAGACUUUUCCUCUCGGACAUGAUCAAACUUUUCAGCAACAGCAGAGAAAACAGACGCUGCCUGCUCCAGUGCUCUGUGUGGCAGGACUGGAUGUUCUCACUGGGCUACAUCAACCCAAAGAAUCCCGAGGAGCAGAAGAUCACUGAGAUGGUAUACAACAUCUUCAGGAUCUUGCUAUACCACGCCAUCAAAUACGAGUGGGGCGGAUGGAGGGUCUGGGUGGACACGCUCUCCAUAGCGCAUUCCAAGGUGACGUACGAAGCCCACAAAGAGUACCUGGCCAAGAUGUAUGAGGAGUACCAGCGUCAGGAGGAGGAAAAUAUGAAAAAGGGCAAAAAAGGCUCAGUGUCCACCAUCUCUGGCCUGUCGGCUUCGCCGGCGCCAGUGGUCAACGGCAACCUGGAGAUGGAAGAUGCCACGCAAACGCCUGAGAGCGAGGCAGAGUAUAGCGAGGGCGCAGGUGGCGGGACCGGGGGCGAUUCGUCCCGCAACCUGCUGGCCGACGGUGCCGUCAAGAGGGGCGAGACAGAACAAGGUGCCGGCGUGAGGGUGGAGGUCCACGACUUGCUGGUGGACAUCAAAGCCGAGAAGGUGGAGGCCACUGAGGUCAAGUUGGAUGACUUAGACUUGAGUCCCGAAGGCCUCAGCGGGGGCAGGGGCGGAGGUGGGUCCUUGGAGAACGGACCGCUUGUGGAGGUAGACUCGCUCCUGGACAGCGCCUACUGUGCGGUGGUACAGAACCUCAAUGGCACCCUGGUACCCAAAGAAGACAAUGCUGCCGCGGCACCGGGUGUCCACGUGCCGCCAGGUUUGGGUCUCUCAGGGGUCACCUUGGAUGACGACGGCAUCAUGGGGCCCCUCAUCACGCUGGCUGACGAGAAAGACAGCGUUCCCAACAAUAACGGAUUCCUCUUCGGCAAGGUUGACGAGAAGCUUCUUCCUGCUCUGGCUGCCACCGAUGCCCUAGUCUUACCCGGUCCGGAUCAGCCCGCUCCAGCAGCAGCCACCAAUUCCAGUGACGACCUCGGUCUGUUGGCCCACAUGACCAGCUGCAGCUCGGCUGGCAACCUCCCUGAGGACGGGCCCUUUAAGAUCCAAAGCCCGCUGGCCGACAUCAGCUCCAUUGCCGAGGCCCAGAACCAAGCGGCGUCUCGGGCCGACUUCCCCGAGGGUGGCGGUGCUACCUCGACGACGGGUGCUGAAAGCGACGCUUCGGGUCACAAGGCUGGGGGAGGCACAGACACGGCCAGCGUAACGUCCGAUACCGAGAGGUCGGAUGAUGGCAAAGAGAAGAAGAUAUCAACCACAUCAACCACACAGGCUCUCCACGGCCGCAGCGCCUCACAGCUGGAGCGAGACCUCCGCGUGGAUCUGGGAUUUAGGGGGAUGCCCAUGACGGAGGAGCAGAGGCGGCAGUUUAGCCCUGGGCCGCGCACCACCAUGUUCCGUAUCCCAGAGUUCAAAUGGUCGCCCAUGCACCAGAGGCUGCUCACCGACCUUCUCUUUGCGCUGGAGACCGACGUGCACGUGUGGAGAAGCCACUCUACCAAGUCAGUGAUGGACUUUGUCAACAGCAACGAGAACAUCAUCUUUGUGCACAAUACCAUCCACCUCAUCUCCCAGAUGGUGGACAACAUCAUCAUCGCUUGUGGUGGCAUCCUGCCGCUCUUGUCCGCCGCCACCUCACCCUCCACCUCUAAGAGUAGUGCCAGCAGUAGGAGGACAGGAGCGGCCGCGAAGGGCGAGGAGGUGACGCCCGUCCCGGGGGGAGGAGGCGAAAGGGGCGAGACGGAGUUGGAGAACAUCGAGGCGACACAGGGCAUGUCGUCGGAGACGGCUGUCACCUUCCUGUCGCGGCUGAUGGCUAUGGUGGACGUGCUGGUGUUUGCCAGCUCGCUCAACUUCAGCGAGAUCGAGGCAGAGAAGAACAUGUCCUCCGGAGGCCUCAUGAGGCAGUGCCUGAGACUGGUGUGCUGUGUAGCGGUGAGGAACUGCCUGGAGUGCCGGCAGAGGCAGCGGGAUCGCAACUGCAAGUCUUCUUUAACCAGCAGCAAGUCGCAGGACAGCUUGCACGCCAGCACCACCGCUAGCAAGGACCCGGAUCGACUCCUGCAGGACGUGGACAUCAACCGGCUGCGUGCUGUGGUCUUUCGAGACGUGGAUGACAGCAAGCAGGCUCAGUUCCUGGCUCUGGCCGUGGUAUACUUUAUCUCGGUGCUGAUGGUGUCCAAGUACCGAGACAUUUUGGAACCUCAAAGAGAGAUCAGCAGGUCCACCAGCCUGUCGGGACGCAGCAUCCGACAUGAGAUUAACUCGCCCACCAGCACGGUUUUUUCCUUCCUGGUGUCUCCAGAGCACCCGUCGUCAGGCUUCUCAGACCGUGAGAAGCAGACACCCACUCCAGUGGACGACUCCCCCCGCGCCGGCCUGCCCCACACCGACUCGGGCAUCGGCGAGGAGGGCCACGUGGGCGGCUCCCUCAAUGGUUCCGAAAUAGGCCUGGGGCUCGGUCUGGGCCUGGUGGGGCGGGAGACAGAGCGGGACCGGGACAUGGGCGGCGGCCAGGCCGACCUGCUGUGUAGCCUGUCGGACGUUGGGAGGUCUCAGGAGAGCCUUCUAGACUCCCCGCACAACCCCAACCCCCGACAGGCGCCUCCUUCGUCCAUUUCCAGCAUCAGCCAGACCAAUAAAGGCAUCAACGUCAAGGAGAUUCUGAAGAGCCUAGUGGCCGCUCCGUUGGACGGCAGCGAGUCAGGCCAAGAGUCCGGCCCGACACCUUACCACCCGGACCCGGCUCUGAAGACCCACCCCAUGCUGCCCAUGCAGUUUCACUCGUUUGACAGGAGCGUGGUGGUUCCUGUGAAAAAGCCACCGCCCGGGAGCCUGUGUGUCAACACGGUUGGCACACCCACCACUGGGGGCGCCGCCGCUGCCGGCAGCACGCCCAACAUCUUUGCCGCCGCCGCUGCGGCCACUCCCAAGAGCAUGAUCAACACCACAGGCGCCACGGAUUCCGCGUCGUCCUCUUCGUCUUCGUCGUCAUCGUUUGUGAACGGCGCGACCAGCAAGAACCUCCCCGCCGUCCAGACGGUGGCGCCUAUGCCUGAAGACACAAUGGAGAACAUGAGUGCCUAUUGUGAGGUGGCGCAGUGUGCAUUGCGCAGCGGUCAGACGCCCCCUGAGCUCAAGUCUUUUAGCUCUCUGGCAGGCUUCCAGGCAGCCCCCCGAGAUGCAGGACAGUGUUUUAGCAUCACCACCAAGCUGGAACGAGCGCUGGAGAAGGUGGCGCCGUUGUUGAGGGAAAUCUUUGUGGACUUUGCGCCGUUCCUGUCCCGCACGCUGCUGGGGAGUCAUGGGCAGGAGCUGCUCAUUGAAGGUCUGGUGUGUAUGAAGUCCAGCACCUCAGUGGUGGAGCUCGUGAUGCUGCUCUGCUCUCAGGAAUGGCAGAAUUCCAUCCAGAAGAAUGCAGGACUGGCAUUUAUUGAGCUCAUCAAUGAAGGAAGACUUCUAUGUCACGCCAUGAAGGACCACAUCGUUCGUGUGGCCAACGAGGCUGAGUUCAUCUUGAACCGUCAACGAGCCGAAGACGUGCACAAGCACGCAGAGUUUGAGUCAAACUGCGCCCAGUACGCGGCUGACCGUCGCGAAGAGGAAAAGAUGUGCGACCACCUGAUCAGCGCCGCCAAGCACCGAGACCACGUGACCGCCAACCAGCUCAAGCAGAAGAUCCUCAAUAUCCUCACCAAUAAGCACGGAGCCUGGGGCACCAUGUCACAGAGCCAAUUGCACGACUUCUGGCGUCUUGAUUACUGGGAGGACGACUUGCGCAGGAGACGGAGAUUCGUGAGAAACGCCUUCGGGUCCACGCACGCUGACGUGGCGCUCAAAAGUCUUGAGGACUACGGCACAGAAGAAGAGGAAGAGGGGGCCAAGUCCAAGAAGACCUUUCGCAGCCAUUCAGCGGUUGCACAGAACCCUGAGGCUGAGUUGAUGCUGGAGGGCGAUGAUGACGCGGUCAGCCUGCUGCAGGAGAAGGAGAUCGACAACCUUGCCGGCCCCGUGGUGCUGAGCACACCGGCCCAGCUGGUGGCGCCAGUGGUUGUGGCUCGCGGCACGCUCUCCAUCACCACCACCGAGAUCUACUUCGAGGUGGACGAGGAAGACCCCGCCUUCAAGAAGGCCGACGCCAAGGUGUUGGCCUACUCAGAGGGUCUCCAUGGCAAGUGGAUGUUCAGCGAGAUCAGAGCCGUGUUCUCCAGACGUUACUUGCUGCACAACACCGGUCUAGAGGUCUUCAUGGCCAACAGAACAUCGGUGAUGUUCAACUUUCCCGACCAGGCCACGGUCAAGCGAGUGGUCUACAGCCUACCGCGGGUCGGAGUGGGAACCAGCUACGGCCUUCCUCAGGCCAGGCGAAUUUCAUUAGCCACACCGCGUCAGCUCUUCAAGUCAUCCAACAUGACGCAGCGUUGGCAGCGCAGGGAGAUCUCCAAUUUUGAGUACCUCAUGUUCCUCAACACCAUUGCAGGGAGGACGUACAACGACCUGAACCAGUAUCCCGUCUUUCCCUGGGUGCUGACCAACUAUGAAUCAGAGGAGCUGGAUCUCACGUUGCCUGGCAACUUCCGAGACCUUUCCAAGCCCCUCGGUGCUUUGAACCCGAAGCGGGCCGCGUUCUACGCCGAGCGCUAUGAGACGUGGGAUGACGACAGUUCGCCCCCCGACCACUACGCCACUCUCUAUUCCACGGCGCGCUCUACUCUCCUUUGGAUGCUCAGAAUAGAACCCUUUACCACCUUCUUCCUCAAUGCCAACGACGGCAAGUUCGACCACGCCGACCGAACCUUCUCAGGCAUCGGCCGCUCGUGGAGGAACUGCCAGCGAGACACUGCGGACGUGACGGAACUGAUCCCGGAGUUCUACUACCUGCCCGAGAUGUUUGUCAAUAGCAACGAGUAUGAGCUCGGCGUGCGUGACGACGGUAUGCCCGUCUGCGAUGUGGAGCUGCCAGUGUGGGCCAAGAAGCCUGAAGACUUUGUGCGCAUCAACCGCAUGGCGCUGGAGAGCGAAUUCGUGUCGUGUCAGCUGCAUCAGUGGAUCGAUCUGAUUUUCGGGUACAAGCAGAGAGGCCCCGAGGCGGUGCGGGCGCUCAACGUCUUCAACUUCCUAUCCUACGAGGGUGCCAUCAACUUGGACAAUCUGGACGCCGUGCAGCGAGAGGUGAUGGAGGCGCAGAUUCAGGCGUGCGGGCAGAUUCCGUCGCAGCUGCUCAUUGAACCGCACCCUCCUCGAUCCUCCGCCAUGCACCUGUGUUUCCUUCCUCAGAGUCCUCUGAUGUUUAAGGAUCAGAUGCAGCAGGACGUGAUCAUGGUGCUGAAGUUCCCGUCCAACUCUCCCGUCACGCACGUGGCCGCCAACACGUUGCCUCAUCUCAGCAUCCCCGCCGCCGUCACCGUCACGUGCAGCCGUCUCUUUGCUGUCAACCGCUGGCACAACACUGUCGGCUUGCGAGGUGCACCAGGAUACUCCCUGGAGCAAGCUCACCACCUCCCCAUUGAGAUGGACCCUCUCAUUGCCAACAACUCUGGCACCAACAAGCGUCAGAUUACGGACCUGGUGGACCAGAGCAUCCAGAUCAACACGCACUGCUUCGUGGUGACUGCUGACAACCGCUAUAUCCUGGUGUGCGGCUUCUGGGAUAAGAGCUUUCGGGUCUACUCCACGGAGACCGGAAAGCUGACCCAGAUCGUGUUCGGCCACUGGGACGUGGUGACGUGCCUGGCCCGGUCAGAGUCCUACAUUGGGGGAGACUGCUACAUCGUGUCGGGCUCCAGAGAUGCCACUCUUCUUCUUUGGUACUGGAGUGGGCGGCACCACAUUAUCGGGGACAACCCCAACAACAGUGACUAUCCCGCCCCUCGGGCUGUCCUGACAGGACACGACCAUGAGGUAGUGUGCGUGUCUGUCUGCGCCGAGCUGGGAUUGGUCAUCAGCGGAGCCAAAGAGGGUCCGUGCCUGGUGCACACCAUCACUGGGGACCUCCUGAGGGCCUUGGAGGGUCCCGAGCUGUGCCAGCAGCCACGUCUGAUCUCAGUGUCCAGCGAGGGCCACUGCAUCAUCUACUACGAACGGGGACGCUUUUGCAACUUUAGCAUAAACGGCAAGCUGCUGGCUCAGAUGGAAGUUAACGAUUCUACGCGGGCCAUCCUUUUGAGCAGCGACGGGCAGAAUCUGGUGACGGGCGGUGACAACGGCGUGGUGGAGGUGUGGCAAGCGUGCGACUUCAAGCAGCUCUACAUCUACCCAGGAUGCGACGCCGGCAUCCGCGCCAUGGACCUGUCUCACGACCAGAGGACGCUAAUCACCGGCAUGGCGUCAGGCAGCAUUGUGGCAUUCAACAUCGACUUCAACCGCUGGCACUACGAGCAUCAGAACCGCUACUGAAUAUGCGAAACUCUCCAGGUACACAAGAAGACCACUCGAGGUUCUCUUCCCUUUGACGGGACUGUGUGUACUUUCGCACACGGACACACCAACGCACCCCCAUACACGCAAACACAACAUACACACACCCGAGCCCAAAGACGACACAACAAACAGAGUGGAGAUUGGUCGCCGGUGCUGGCGGCUCAGGUUCUGGGUUUUCGGGGUUCUGCUUUAACGCUUCAGUGAGCCGGACACUCUGCGGAGAUGAUGGGCGCGGGGUCAUUUCACUUCCUUUAACGUCGGGAUUUCUAUUCUUUUACUUUGGUGUAAAUACAACUCGGCCUCUUGUUUUUGUGUUGACGACCUUUAAUUUAUUGCUAUCUGUAACAUAGCGUGGAAUAAGAAUAACGGCGACUGUAACGACGAUAUAAAGAAAGUUGAGGACGGUGAACGUUUUUGCCCGACCAGGAUGAAGACUGAGCCCCGUACUCACUCCUUCAAAAAGACAAUUACCACAAGUUUAUGAUUUUGAUUUCACUUUUUUUUUUUUUUUUUUUUUUACAUUUAGUGAUCGUCGUGUCAAAUAUGUACAUAAAACGCUUUUUCCGGCCUGUUUGGACACAAAAGGUAGCCCACCCGCUCACAUGGUUUCAAAACAACACAAGUUUUUUUUUUUUUUUUGUAUUUGCACUUUGCACCAAUCACAUGAUAUUAUUUAUAAUUAGGCUUUGUUUGUUAGUACUAAACCAGAGGCUUUAUUGUUUGAAUUAUUAUAGCGAUCGGCCGGGCUCUUUUGGUUCCUUCACGUCCGCGGCCGGGAUGGGUUCUUUGUGCAUCGAUGUUUGUAUUUAAACGCUCACGUGUGAAGAUUUUACAGCAAUAUGACAACGAGCGUGCGCACGACCAGCGCACACGCACACGCACGUAACUCCAGCCACACACAGACACACACAUACGUGCGCGCCACACGACAUACGCAUCCAAAAACCGACAAAAGAAGAAGAAAAAAAGGUGAAAUAUUUUUGGAUCUAUGAAACCCUUAAAAACUAUUGUAUUCAUGUUUUAUUGCAAAGAUGUAAAAUAUGACAUGUGUGAGUUGGGAAAAAAAAUCAUGAUAAGAAAAAAAUAAAUUAUG